AUGUCUACCACCGCCACCAUGGGAGAGAUGGCUAACAGUGCUGUUGAGUUCUACCCUAAAGGCCGGAGCCGAGGUGGAGGUGGGAAGGGGGAGGGUAACAAUGCUGUAGAGGGAGAUUUUGGGGUGACGGUGGAGGAGCUCAGGGACCUGAUGGAGCUCCGUGGAGGGGAGGCCAUUCAGAAGAUACAGGAGGCAUACGGAGACUCAGAGGGCCUGGCCACUAAACUGCUCACCAACACUAUUGACGGUCUAUCAGGUGACCAGGCAGACCUGGAUCGUCGUAGCAAGUCAUUCGGUCAGAACUUCAUCCCUCCUAAACAACCCAAGACCUUCCUGGAGCUGGUCUGGGAAGCUCUUCAAGAUGUCACUCUUAUCAUCCUGGAGGUGGCAGCUAUCAUCUCCCUGGGCCUGUCCUUCUACCAACCCCCUGGAGAUGACACUGAGGCGUGUGGUAACGUGUCGGGAGGGGCAGAGGAUGAGGGCGAGGCCGAAGCCGGGUGGAUUGAGGGCGCCGCCAUCUUGCUGUCCGUCGUCUGUGUGGUCCUGGUGACGGCCUUCAAUGAUUGGUCUAAAGAGAAACAGUUCCGUGGGCUACAGAGCAGGAUAGAACAGGAGCAGCGCUUCGCCGUCGUACGGAAAGGAAACGUGAUCCAGAUACCUGUAGCUGACAUGGUGGUGGGGGACAUGGCUCAGGUCAAAUACGGGGACCUGUUGCCAGCGGAUGGUAUCCUGAUCCAGGGAAAUGACCUGAAGAUUGAUGAGAGUUCUCUGACUGGGGAAUCAGACCACGUAGGGAAGACUGUGGACAAAGACCCUAUGCUGCUCUCUG